AAUCUCUCAUGAAACUUCCCCUUUAAAACUCCAUUCAUACAUUCAUCAUAUAUUAUAUAUAAGAAGAUAUAGAAAGAGAGAAGAGAAAGAAGAGGUCAUGAGUGAGGUUCAAAUGGAGAAAGUUCUAUGGUGCUUAGGCAGAGGCUUUGAUGUAACUUGUGAUUUCAAAGCUAAGUAUUGCAAGGGAGAAGAGAGGUUGGUGUUCAUCAAUGAAGAAGAGAAGGUGGAGCUCUUUGUUCCCGGAUUUGGAUCUUUGGGGAAGGUCUCAACGGAUGUGAAGUGUGAUAAAGGUGACAGGAUACGUUAUCAAUCUGAUGUGCAAGAGUUCAACAAGAUGUCUGAAUUAUUCAAUAAGAGAAGUUCACUGGCCGGAAAAAUACCGUCGGGGAAGUUCAACGCCUCGUUUGGGUUCGACGGAGGAUCGUGGGCGAAAGACGCAUCGGAAACAAAAUGCUUGGCCAUUGAUGGCUACUAUAUAUCUCUUUUCAAUCUCUGUAUCGAUCGGCAUCAGCUUACAUUGUCUGAUCAUGUUGUUGAGGCAGUUCCUUCUUCAUGGGACACUAAGGCUCUUGCAAGGUUUAUUGAGAGAUUUGGGACACAUGUGAUAGUAGGAUUAAGUGUGGGAGGGCAAGAUGUGGUAUAUAUGAGACAGGAUAAGAGCUCAAAUAUGGCAUCAUCUGAGGUUAAACAACACUUGGAUAAACUUGGUGAUCAGCUCUUCACUGGCACUUGCACUCUUCCUCCUCCUCACUUGAAAUCUAAAGAUCAUAAACUCAAGGUACCAGAGGCUUUCAAUGUGUUUCAACCAACACUUGUAGAUAAUCUCACCUCUGCCUCAAGCAAAGAUGGAAUAACAGUCAUAUGCUCCAGAAGAGGAGGAGAUCCCUCAACCAGCAGCCACUGUGAAUGGCUCCUCACAGUUCCUUCAAUGCCGGACGUUAUAAACUUCACCUUUGUACCAAUAACAUCUCUUCUUAAGGGUGUAUCCGGCACCGGUUUUCUCACACAUGCCAUCAACCUUUAUGUUCGAUAUAAACCUCCAAUAUCAGACUUGCAGUAUUUCCUAGACUUCCAAUGCCACAAGGAUUGGGCUCCAAAGCUUAAUGAACUCCCUUUGGGUCCUAGCUCUAACAGGUCAAAGCAUGGUCCUUACCUUCAUUUCAACUUCAUGGGACCCAAACUCAGAGUCAACACUACUCAGGUUGUGGUAGGAAGGAUGCCAGUAACAGGGAUGAGACUUCAUCUAGAGGGCAAGAAAAACAAUAAAUUAGGGGUGCACCUCCAACAUCUAACAAGCACACCAACCUUCUUAGAAGCUCAAUCUAACAAAACUCCAGCAUGGCGAGGAUCUGAUGAUUUUGCUGAUGAACGAUACUCUGAGCCUGUCAAGAGAAAGAAGCUGUCCAAUGUGUGCACCGCAGCAGUGAAGUACGAUAGGCAAUGGUCGACAACUGGUUGUUCAGCAUUCAUUGUCACUGGUGCUCAACUCCAAGUGAAGACUCAGGAUUCAGUGAGUGUCCUCCAUUUAAGGCUCUUGUUCUCUGAGGUGCCUGGUUACACAGUUAGCCAAUCCAAAUGGGAGCAUUGCCCUUGUAGCAAUUCCCAGAAGUUCGGCUUCUUCUCCAACAUCAGUACAAAAUUCUCCAGCAAUAUUGAGAGAGAAAAGCAGGAAAAACCGGUGAUCAUUGUGGACUCUGGAGUGUUUCCUACUGGCCCUCCUGUGCCAGUGCAGGCACAGAAAAUGCUCAAAUUUGUUGAUACUUCUCAGAUGUGCAUGGGGCCUCAGGAGAGUCCGGGGCAUUGGCUGGUCACUGGAGCUAAACUGGAAGUAAAUAAGGGAAAGAUCGGCCUGCACGUUAAGUUCUCUCUUUUAACACCUGUUUCGUGAUAAACAAUCAUGAGUUGCAGUAGCUUAGUU